AUGACAUAUAACUAUAACACAUCAACUACAAAGCAGUUUCAAUGCAAGCCAAUCCCUAAAUACAAAGCCGAAAAGAAAGAGCCCAAAGCUUCGAAACAGGACGAAACAGGUACGUCAAAUGGUAAAAAUACACUUACGGCACUCACGCCUCAACAGUGCAUGAAUUAUUAUUACAAAAAGAAGCCGGCACCUUAUUAUCUUUGGUCAAAGACUUACAGAGUGCGACAUAAACCUUUGCGGUUAGAUCGUUUUCCAGAUUCAGAGUUACGCAAAAUUCGUUGUGGGGCCUUUGUUGGUCAUCAAGAUCAUAGGUGUGACUACUGCCCAUUCCAUGGUAUAAAGCAUGGUCAUACUUUGCAUCCAACCCUAAAUUGUAUUUGUCGCUUUAAAUCUGUCGCACCAAGCCCAUUGAAACAUGAUAUAACAAAAUAUAUGGUCACAAAGACUGAACCAUUGUUCAAUUAUAAACACGUGUACUUCAACACAGGUAAUAGGCAAAUUGAUAGAAUAAUCAGUCAUAUGUGCAUGAAUAAUGCUAACAAAAAAAACUAG